AUGGGUAAGUCCCGGGCAUCGGCGCCGGCAGGCGGUUCUGGGGCGAGAUCUGGCGGCUCGUGGAGACGCCGUCCUCGAACUCCGGUGUCGUCUUCCUCGUUGGCUGGCAGCGACUCGACGUGGGCGGAUAUCUUCAUCUCCUCCGGCGACGAGGAGGACCAGCAACCGCGGCCGCCGCCGUCCACAUUGCAUCCUCCUCCUCCUUCCUCCUCCUCUCCUCGCCGCACCCGCUACACAUCUCCGACGAUGGGUAAGUCUUGGGCAUCGGCGCCGGCCGGCGGUUCUGGGGCGGGAUCUGGCAGCUCGUGGAGACGCCGCCCUCGUACUCCAGGGUCGUCUUCCUCGUUGGCUGGCGGUGACUCGACGUGGGCGGAUAUCUUCAUCUCCUCCGGCGACGAGGAGGACCAGCAGCCGCGACCGCCACAGUCCGUGCCAGCGGUGCCGGGCCAGGUCUACGCCGGCAUCAACGCGGAGUUCGAGGAGCUAAUGCUCCGUCACUCCUUCGUCCACACCAACGGCCCAACUCUACCACCGGGGGUGCUCCUCCCCGUGAAGCGGAACCCGGCAUCCCCUCCACGCUCUCCGCCGCCAGCGCAGCAGCGGCGUCCAAAUCGGACGCCCCGUCAAGGAAGAGUGGCUCUCACCGCCGUCCCGACGCACCAUGAAAGAAGAGUGGCACUCGCCGCCGACCGGCGCGCCCUGAAGGUGGACCGUCGCUCGCCGUCACCUCGCCGCGUCGUCAAGGAGGAGCGCCGAUCGUCGCCAUCUCCCCCUGCCCAAUGCGCGCGGGCGCAUUCUGCACUACCUCCGCGGCGGCUCCUCCUCCACGUCAUCAUCCCGGAGCACCAUGACUGCGCAGGAUUCGUGGACUCCGACGUCCCGCCGCCACACAUAGCGGUGGACCCAGACCUGGCGUAUGCCUGGGCCCUGGACCGCUCCGUGACGACGUCGGAGACGGCUAAGCGCCGCCUCCGCCGCCUCAACUGGGAGAUGGCCAGGUACGGCGAGGAUUGGUCCCCCGCCGAGAUCGCCGCUGCCGUCAAAGACGACGCCUCCAAUGAUCGCCGCCCUCUCCCCCAGUCCACGUCCUCGGUGGCCACGGCCGCACUGCGCACGGGCAGGAGGAGGUGGAGAGGAUCAUCCACGAGCGCUAGGCGGCCACCGGAAAGCCAUGUCGCGACGCCACCACCUUCCGCCGUGCCAAGCCCAACGACUCCGACUCCGACGGCGGGUCGGGUGACGAUGAUGGAGGAGGAGCAGCCGGCCAGCCCGACAUUGGCUACGAGGUCAUCGUGA